GGUCCAGUGGUUCCUAAGCUAAAGGAGGUUAUAAAGGAAGUUUGAAACCUCCUUUUCUAUCAUGUAGACUAGAGAAUUCGAACGGCACUUAUCAUGGCUGCCACUGAGGGACUUCUGGGUCAUUUCACUCGGUUAGGAAGGUUCCUAAGCUAAAUGGACUAUUCGACUUCAGCCCGAGAGGAAAUCUCUGGGCUGACCUGAUAACAAAGUCUCAGCACCGCCUACAGUGGGAUCGCGGUUAGUUGAGCCAGAAAACACAAAGAUAUCCUGGGUAUGUUGAACCGUUUUGUUUAGGACAUCCAGUUCAGAAUCCCUAAAAAACGUUCUAACUUUAACUUUAAGUUGCUCCUGCAAGGCACAGUGCUUCCUCACAAUACACCAUUUUGAUCGUUUGCACAUUCAACACACACCAAGGCAUGAUGAAUUUGCAGGAAUACUUCAUAAGAAUUGGUCUUCAAGGCUCCUUUGAUAAACCGGAUCUCGAAACACUGAAGCUGAUCCACAAACGGCACGUCAUGUCCGUUCCUUUUGAAAACCUCAGCAUGCACUGUGGCGAGCGGCACAUCCUGGACCUGGAGUUCACGUUCAACAAGAUAGUGAGGAGCGGCCGGGGGGGCUGGUGCCUCGAGAACAACUCCCUGUUUGGCUGGGUGCUGAGAGAAAUGGGUUACGACACUACCAGGUUGUCCUCCAGAGUUUUCAACAGUAGCACAAAUGCAUUUUCCCCCACUGAUAGUCAUCUCGUCCACAAGGUCGUCGUCGAUGGAAAGGCUUAUAUAGCAGAUGUGGCCUUUGGGAUGUCUUUCCAGAUGUGGGAGCCCAUGGAGCUCGUCUCUGGAAAGGAUCAGCAUCAGGCCGCGGGUGUAUUUCGCUUCAUAGACAAGGGGGAAAAGUGGGUUCUGGAGAAGACGAGCAGAAAGACCAAGGUUCUCAAUCCAGACUUUGCUGAUUCUAGUCUUGUGAAGAGGCAGGAGACGAGGACGAUAUACUGCUUUACCUUGGAGCCUCGAGAAGUUGAGCAUUUCUCCGAAGCAAACAACACACUUCAGACAGAUCCUAAAUCGCUGUUCAUGAAUAAAUCCAUCGUCUCUCUGCAAACAGCGGCAGGGUUCAGAGCGCUUAUGGGCUGGACCUACAGCGAGGUCACCUUCAAACCAGAGGAAGGUGUCGAUGUCUUCGACCUGAGAAACAUAGAAGAUGAGGAGAAAGAGCAAGUUCUUCUGGAGAAGUUCAAUAUAAAGCUGCAGAAGAAACUGCAGAUUGUAAGCAACAAAACAUGGUACACACUCUGAAAUAAUAAUAACAGAUUUAUUUUGUUAGCGCUUUUACAGGUGCUCAAAGAUGCUUUACAGAUAUAGUGAAGAGAAAAGAACAACAAAUAAAUAUAUAUAGUUAA